CCCCCGCGCUCGGCGAGCAGGCCGCGCCUCUGGGCCAAGCGUCGGGCCCUGGAUGUGACGUAUUUUUUGUGGCGACGGCGGCGGCGGCUGGCGGGACCCCACGUGGUGCUGGUGGGAGCUGCUGGCGGAGCCGGGCGGCCGCUUCGGGCCCGCCAUGAACCCCUUCCCCUGGUACCCGCCGCCCCCGCCGGGGCUCCCCCCGCCCAUUUUCUGCCCGCCGCCCCCCUGGGAGCCGGGCUUCUGGGCUCCCCCCGCGCCCUACCCGCCGGCCCAGAGCUACUCGCAGCCGCCCGAGGCUUACUCCCAGCCCGCCGAGAGCUGCCCGCCUGCUGAGAACUACCCCCAGGCCGGGAGCUACCCGCCUCCAGACAGCUACACGCCGCCCUCCGCCUGGUACCCGCCGGCCUACGGAGAGCAACCGCAGGGCCAGCACGCUGGUGGAAACGGCAAUUUCUAUCAGAAAUGGCAAGGCGAGCAAGCACCUGGGUUUAGUAAACGUUUUCCAGAAGACAAUAACAAGCCAAAGACCAAAAAGAAAAAAGAGCCAGUUUUCUCUCAUUAUUGUGAUACCUGUGACCGUGGCUAUAAAAACCAGGAGAAGUAUGAUGAACAUAUUUCACAACAUAAACAGUGCACAGAAGAAGGCUGCAAUUUCAGCGCACAUGAGAAGAUAGUUCACAUACACUGGAAGAACGCACAUGCACCUGGUGCUAAAAGAAUAAAAUUAGAUAGUCCAGAAGAGAUCACUAGAUGGAGAGAAGACAGAAAAAAAAAUUUUCCUACGUUGGCAAAUAUUGAGAGGAAGAAGGCGAUGCAGAUGCAGAAGGAAGAAAGGGGAGAAGUGCUGACUACACAACAGUUUGGCAAAAUGAAGGGGAUGUGGAAACCUCCAGAAAAUGGAGAGAACCUUGGGCAGCAGGGGAAACAGAGGAGGAGACAAAGGCGUCCAUUCUGGAAGAAAUUCAGGAAAAAUGGUGGCGAUUAUAAUGUACAUAGAACUCAAAAUGAAGCCAAGGGACCAGAAAACAGCGUGUGUGGAAAGGAAGAUGAAAACCAGCGUGCUUUGGCAGCUCAGCCAUGCGUGAAGGACAUGGACCCUCUUGGUCUUCUGGCAAACAGUGAUGUUGAAUCUGAAAAAGAAGAAGCAGCAGCCGAAGAUGGAAGGCUGGGGUUGACUGUUGUUCCCAAGCAGGUCACCUCUGCCCUGAGUUCGUUGUCAGCCAACUACGGCAGCGCGUCCGACAGCGAGCCUGAAGAAAUCCCUGUCAAGACUGCAACAAAAGCUGAGAAAGACCAGGCUGCGCUUAGAAAUACGCCCCAAACUACUUGUGUUCCUUGGAGUCGAAACCCGAAUCAAAAACGUCCCGAGUAUGCAGGCACGACAUUAAGAAGCUCGAAUUCAAAUGCACGUCCCCGCAGAGGGCCUGAUAACUGGGGCAAGAAAACAUUACCUCUCCUUCCGAAGCGCCGUCCAACUCUGCUGGAAAUGCUACUGGCCCAGGACAUCCGACACGAAAGGAAUGUGAUUUUGCAGUGUGUUCGCUACCUCAUCCGAAAUAACCUGUUUGGACUUCAUUUUAAAACAGAACCACAAGCUGAAACAGAAACUGCACAGUCCUCUACAACUACAGCAGAGCCUUUGAUGGACAGACUCGAUGAAUCUAAUUGUUCUUGUAGCUCUGACCUUCAGUUAGCAGGAGGAGAAGAAGAUGCAUUAUUAAUAGCCCAGGGUGAGAAAGCACCCGUGGAUCAGACUUCACAGAUGGUUCACUUGGCAGAUGAGGACACAUGGGAAACCCCAUCAAUUCAGUGUGAAGAAGCACUGUCAGAGGAUGUCUGUUGUGGACAGUAAAGGAAAGGCUCACAUUUUCUACCUGACUGAUGCUUUUUGAAAGACAUCAGUAUAACAAAAUCAUCAUUAAAGUACAUACUGAGAGCUGUUAAAACCACUUUUCUGAUCUGUUCCGCCCGAGGUGGCCAUUUCCUUGUGAAAACAGCAUCCGUGUUGAGUAAUUGCAUUUCCCCAUGGCAGAAAGACAGCCGUGGCACAGAGUAUGACCUUCCCUAGAGCAGGUGCAGAUCCAGAGCUCUGAAUGUUUUCCGUCGUUACAAAAUGUGUAUCGGUCCAUCACCACUUAGUGCUGUGGUAGGAUGGAUCUUCUCAUGUGAAAUCAUGGUCUGGUGUGUCUGGGAGUAUCUGAGUGUCCAGAAGUAUUUCAGUGUACUUUUGAAAUGGUAAUUGAGUGCACAUUAUUUUUUUCCCUGGCUGUUACCGAUACAAUAUAUCGAAUACAAAUGUAAUAUAUCCAAUAUAAAAUGAAGAAAUUAAAUGGAAGAUUUGACUGACCUGACUCUAAAAGUACUGCUUGUACCAGGAGUCUUCUCCUCUCUGCACUUAUCUGUUAACUGACCAGAGAAACGGAAAUGAGGGUGCAGACUGAUGCAAGAAGCCUUUUUUUUUUUUUUUUUUUUUUUUAAAUAAA